AUGGCAGUCACACCACGAAAGCUGGUACAUUGGACUCUUGAUGUCUCUAUCUCUGACUUUGGAUCACCAUGCUCGGAAGCGACAUCCUCCGAUUCCGUCGCGUCAACAUCCAGUCUGGAAUACAUUAACUCUCAGCUUGUAGCACAUGGGUUCGCUCAUUCACCUGGGCUCUCUUUUGAAGGACUCUCAAAUUCUGACACCGAUCAGCUGGCAAAGUGUUUGCUUGCUAUGCUAAGCCAAAGAGUGAAUGAUAUAUCUCGCGCUGAAGAUUUAUCGACCAGUUUGCGUACCCUUUCUUAUGACCACGAGCGGCUCACGGGGAUGCAUCGCUCAGCCACUGAAAGGGCAGCUAAUGCAGAGCGCGAAAUGAAUGUUUACAAGUCACGAAUUGCAACGGCCUCCAAAUCCUUGGCAGCUUCGGAAUCAGCCCACAAGCAAACUUCAGCUGAACUUCAACGGACGCGCUCCUCGUUAAUUGCUCUCCGAGCGACUCACUCAGCAGAAAUAAAAAAAAAAGAGAAAGAAGUCGAGCGCGUUAUGGAGAAAUGGUCAAAGCUUUCCGACAUGCAGACGAAGCUAUCGACUUUGACAUCAGGAUUGACCUUUCGAUGCGGCAAUGCCGACGUGGUGAGCGGGUCCGAAACCCUCGGCAAGAGGAAGGGAUACCUUGAGAUUGCUCUUGAACAAGCCGAAUCUGCUCGUGCUUCACUAGCUGAUGAAACGUUGGUGUUACAGCGGCUUGUUGUAAAUGUCGCAAACCGACUGCAGUCCGUACUACACGAACUGCGAUGCUUGGCUUCACCUUCACAGACCAGCCCGCUAACCUGUCCCGUAUUGUUCCCUUUAGCACAUCCCAACGCUGCUAAUGACAAGCUUUCUACUCUCUUCUCCUCGGCGCACAGCGUCCUCGAUGUCAUUUCAGAACGCCUGUCACAGCGAGCUACCCCACCACCAGCACCAGACUACGCCAAGGCCUCGGAUGCUCUGGAAAAUAAGCGAUUACAAGGAAUCGUUGACGGGUUGCGCUCAGAACUUGAUGAAGCUAAGAAACUCCAUGAGAGGCAUGUUAUAGAGACUCAGGCCCUCUUAAUGCAAAUUGCAUCCCAAACAUCAUCUACGGAACGCGAUACAAGGGACGAGAGCGUCGAGCUCAUGACACAGCCAGAGCGAGACUUUGCCGCUGAGCGCCUUGAGCGAAUGAAGACUGAACUUGAUGAGGAGCGGAGAAAGUUUACCGAUGCUGCUGUCAAACUUGGCAAGGAGAAAGCCGCUCUGGAGACUGAGCGCACCCAGUUCCUUGAGGAGAAGCGUUCCUGGCAUGUCGAGCAGAUGCUCACCGAUCUCCCACCAACACCUACCACAACUUCCCAACCUGCACCUCGACCGCCUCAGGCUCAUAAGAUCAAGUCGCCCCGAAAGUCGCCUAUGAAGCCCAAGGUCGUCGGUAAGGUGGCAAGCAGAAAGACCCGAGUGUCUCGACGUUCCUCGUCAUUCUCAAUCCCACCACCAAGUAAAAUGGAACCUGCUUACGAGACGGAGGUGAUUCCUAUCGCUAUUCCACUAGCCGCCUUCGAGGCAUUGGGCAAAAAGCCGACCUUGGCGCAGUCUGUUUUACCCUCAGCCUUUGUGCUCCCUCCGCGUUCACCCCGGACGUCCUUACCCCCUGUAGAGGCAUUCCUUCCUCCAGUGAUAACCACGCAUCAGACAACAUCAGUAGGAAAAUCGUGCACGUCCACUGACGCCGGGUCAGGUUUCGCUUCAAACACUGACACUUCUUCGUUAGAUUGCACGUCACCCCCUGCCCAGGCACUGGCCGCAAUACCGAAAAUUGUUCUCCCGUCACCUAAAACACCCCCUGCUCCUGUUGUGAAUACACGUCGUCCAUUCCCACUUGCGAAGCCACUCGCGCCACACAUGUCGCAUGCUUACUCGCCUGCCAAACCGAGUCCACUCUCCCGCAUUCUCAUGCUUGCGAACUCUCCUGACAGCAUGGACGGGGUAUCAGAAGAGAGCGAAGGCUCUCUGACAUCUGUUGUUCCCCCGCCCAUUGCUACAAAGAAGACAUUCCUAAGUGGAUCAGAGUCAGAUGAUAGUCCUUUGAGGGAGAAGAAGACCGAGUCAAAUGUUGUUCCUCUACCUUCCUUGAAGAACAUGCUACCUCCCGAAUCGAAGCCCUUUUCGACGAAGGAGAAGGGGAAGACCAAAGCGGAGCUUGUCGUACCUGGAAAGCUGAAGCCAGAGAAAGAAAACCGCGACAAGGUCCUCCGAAAACCACCUCCUUCGUUGCCUCCUGCUCCUCAACCAAAGCUGAAGGUCAGCAGCUCAGCUACAAGCAAGCCCGCACCAAAACUGCCUUCCGGGAAGGGUGGUGCGAGGAGGGUAUUAAUCGGAAGUGCCGAAGCCGCUCCUUUGCCUGGAUGGCGAGGAUGA